AUGACGGGUUCAAUUGAAGACACAGGCACGGGUCCACCCCGGAUGGACGAGAAGAAUGGGAUCAUGCCGCAGGAGAGCAGCGACAUUUAUCGUCGACACAGUCACCAGGAGGUGGCUGAUUUGAGCUCGACUGAGGCUGGUCUUACAGAGUCUGAGAUGGAUCUUCCGAUGACUUUCCGGCGCUUCAUGGGAUUUGCGGCCAUGGCCUUUUUGUGGACAGGCAGUCAGAUCCCUGUUUAUCUAUUUGGAGGAAUUCCACCCUAUAUUUACGGAUCCAUCGGAGGAGCCGAUCGUUGGGUUUGGUUUGUUCUCGCGAACUUACUCGGUCUUGCAGCAGUCUGUCCCUUUGUCGGAUCUCUGUCUGAUCUGCUUGGCCGUCGCUAUGUUGCCAUUAUCGGGGCUUCCCUUAUUGUUAUCGGAAUGAUUGUCUGCAGCACGGCAAACACCAUGAAUAUUUUCAUCGCCGGUAUGGCGAUUGCUGGUGCUGGCGCCGGUGUGAAUGAAUUGACUGCGCUGGCUGCAACCUCAGAGAUGGCACCAACCCGCAAGCGAGGUGUCUAUGUCGCCGUCCUGAUCUUCACCAUCCUCCCCUUUUGCCCGUCGGUACUCUGGGCCCAGCUCAUCGCAUACUACAGUAGCUGGCGUUAUGUUGGUGCAUUCAGUGGCGCGUGGAACGCAUUUGGUCUUCUGAUUACUGUCCUGUUCUACUUCCCUCCUCCUCGGGAAAAUUCAGUCGGGCUAAGCCGAAGAGAGGUCAUCAAACGCAUUGACUUUGUGGGUGGAUUCUUGAGCAUUACAGGACUUAUCAUUUUCCUGGCUGGAUUGCAGUGGGGUGGAUACAUGUAUGCCUGGAGUUCAGCCCAUGUCCUCGCACCCCUGAUCAUUGGUUUCCUGCUGUUGGUAGCUUUCGCAUUCUGGGAGAUCUAUGGCGCCAAGUACCCAAUCUUCCCAACACGUUUGAAGCAAGAGCCUCGGACUUUGGGUCUUACCCUGGUUAUCACUUGCAUUUCUGGCUGCAAUUUCUUCUCUGUCCUGAUGUUCUGGCCCACUGAGUCAUUCAAUGUCUACGGUCACGACCCGGUCGAGGUUGGGCUUCGCAGUCUGCCUAUUGGAUUUGCCAUUCUUGCUGGGGCUUGCAUUGUCCUUGUUCUGUUGAGUGUUUUCAGAGGACAUAAUAAAGAACUGUUGAUUGCUAGCAGUGUCCUGAUGACUGCUGGCUGUGGUGCUUUAUCUAUUGGACGUGUCGACAACAUGUAUCAGAUGUGGGGACUAUUGGUUCUCGCUGGUCUUGGAAUCGGUGGUAUUGUUGUCCCUGCUUCGAUUAUCACCACCAUCAUUUGUCCCGAUGAUCUCAUCGCUACUAUCUCUGCUCUCACUCUAUCCAUUCGUGUCGUGGGUGGCGGUAUUGGCUACACCAUCUACUACAACGUCUUCAUCUCCAAGUUCGUCCCCAAAGCCACAUACUACAUCGGCGGUGCCAUGGAGAUGUACCUUAAUAUCACGGAUGUCGAAGUCAUCACCGAAGUUAUUACACUCACAGGUGCUUCUCUGUUGGAUGAAAUCAAAGAGAUCCCCGGGAUUGCAGGCAAUGAGACUGCCUAUCAGAUCGUGGUUGAAGCGGGCCAGCUGGCUUACGCCGAAUCAUACAAGUAUGUUUAUUAUGUGAGCAUUGCCUUUGGUGUGAUCUCUAUUAUCUCAGCUUGUUUCUUGGGCAAUAUUUCCAAAUACAUGACCAACCAUGUUGCGGUUGUGAUGUGA